CUUUUUUAAAAAUCCUAUCCGUGAAGUGAUAUCACCCCCAACGGAGGUGACAGCAAUAACUUGGUUGAGUCUAUCUCUCUUGCGUCGGGUAUAGACGUGCCAAAUAUCGUUCUGCUGUUACCAAGCGGUCUGUCUGUCGAGAAUUGGUGCCAACUAAGGCAGAAAAUCGACCGAAAUGUAGGUUCGAACGCCGCCACGAGUGCUCAGACCACAAUGACUCAAUCUGGAUGUGUUAUCAAUGUGGUGGACUUGUUUUUGUUUGACAAGUCGUGUGUGAAAUCAAGCGGCCCACCUGAUGUGGACUUUUCGUGCUUUAGAGGUGCGAGUGAGCCCACGCCUGUUGUUGAGGGCAAGGCCUGGUUAGGGGCAACGACGGCAGAGUGCAAGGACGAAGAAAUUGAGCAG